AUGACAACUCAACCCGAAGUAAAAACUAAUACCCCAAAUGGCUUACUAAAUGAAUUUACAGACAGACUUAAUAUUUUAUCAAGCCACACCACACAGAUUACAGGAAGACUCUAUAAAUCGAUCAAAACAAAAGUUACACCAGGCAAAAACGAGCCUUUCAUUCCAAUGAUUCGCAUAUUAAAGAAAUUAGAGUCCAACUUUACCGAAUUCGGAAUUAAAUUAAAAGAAGCUGCUAUGACAAACUCACAAAAUUUCGCAAGUAAACUUUCAAUUGCACUUGAUGUUACACCAGAUCUUUUAGAAUCCUCAAUGAAAUAUUGUCAAAGAUACCAUAAGCAUUGGAAGGCAAUUGCUCAGCAAAGAUUAGCAAAUAAAGAAAUCGAAGAAAUCAUCACAAGUUUCGAGAAAGAGAAGCAAAUGUCAUUUAAUACUAUCUUCGUUGAGCCAUUGUACUUCAUAAACAAACUCGAUUCUUUCCUUGAAAAUGCAAUUAAAGUUUGUCCAUCGAGUGUUGUUGAAAAUGCAGCCAUGGAUACUUGUCUCAGGUUCAUUGUUAGUGAAACUACACGCAUGAAAAUCAUGUAUCCAGAGUUAGAUGAAAUCCAAGCAAUCCGCGACUUAAAUGCACAAGCAGAAAUCAAAUUGGUUAAUGAAGAUCCAAGAAGAUUAUUUGUUACAUUCGAUUUAACCAAAUUCUCACGUAAAACUCAAGAUCCUCGUACAAUUAUUUUAUUAUCUGAUUAUCUCAUGAUCGGAGAGCGUUCGGGAUCGAACAAAUUUAAGAAUCUUAGGUCAUAUCCAAAGGGAGAGUUCCAAAUUGUUGAUGUUCCCGAUCAAAAUGUUUUCAAGAAUUCUGUUGAUAUAUUAACAACAGAUAAGAGCUUCAGAGGCAACAUGAAAUCGUCCUCAGAUAAAGAAAAACUCAUGGAAGCAGUCAGAAACCUUCAUUCAUUUUAUUAUCCAAUUUAUUCUACAAUUGACAACGAUAAAUUUGCUCCUGUUUGGAUCCCAGAUGAUUUAGUUACGAAUUGCCAGAUCUGCAACUCCAAAUUCACUUUCAUUAAUAGAAGACACCACUGCAGAGUUUGUGGAGCUUGCAUUUGCUCGGAAUGCGCUAAGAAAGUAUCGUUGCCUCAGUUCGAAGGAAAACAAGAAAAGGUUUGCGUCAAUUGUAUCAAAAAGAUUAAUAAGACUUCAUAA